CUUCCCACUCAAACACCGACUGCGAGGACCAGAGCCUGACUCCCCACUCCCUGGUGCUCUGGCUUUCUCCUUUAUGAAGACAGUGAGGUCAGGAGAAUCACGGGAGCUGGCAGCCAGGGAGAACACUCACACAGAACAUGGUUGCAGCCUGUGUCUCCAGGAAUUGAAACCGAAACCUAUUCUCACUGGAGUGCACUCCCCCUCCCAGCCUUGCCAAGCAGAACUCAGAUAUCACAACAGCCGGCCAAAAAAAAAAAAAAAAAACAAAACAAAAAAACCAAGGUCUGCACAGAGACCAGAGGCAGAAAGGAGGCAAUCCACUUGCUCAGUUAGCCAGCUCCUACUCCUCCUGACCAUCUCUUGGAAGAACCCCAGACCUCUGCAUCUCAUCUCUGGGCUUUCUGGGUCUGCAUUCCAGUUCUAGAUCGCUCAGGAGAGAACUGCUGGAGGACAGCAACGUUUUUCUGAAAGGCAGCUAACAUCCGGACCCCACUUAAUCCCUCCUCUGCAGUUGUUCUUCCUGGGACACCAGCACUCGACGGGUCAUCUCUUUUCUUCCUGAACAUCCUGAGUGUGAGCUCCAGGUUUAGAUCAUUCCACGGUCAUUACCCUUGACGCGGUGCUAAAAGCUUUCCUAAGAGGAGAGCAUUCCCAGAGGUGCCACUUGCUUCUACCGUACGGAGACAUGGCUUGGGCCUCCAGCAUUGAUGAAUUCUUUAAGAAUUUUAAGAGGGAAAGCCAAAUCCUUUCUGAGGAAAACAUCAUCUUGAUUAAAACCUGCAUCCAGGAAAAUAACCUCCAGGAUGCACUUUCUGUAAUUCACAAUGCACUGGAAGACAUCGAGAAUGCCCGACUGAACAUUGCUGUGACAGGGGAGACAGGGACAGGGAAGUCCACCUUCAUCAAUGCCCUGAGGGAAAUGGGCCAGGAAGAAGAACAUGCAGCCCCUACUGGGGUGACAGAGACAACCAUUGAGAGAGUGCCAUACCCACACCCAAAGCUUCCUCAGGUGACAAUAUGGGACCUGCCUGGCAUUGGGUCCACUUCCUUCCCACCAGAAAACUACCUAAAGGAAAUGAAGUUUGCUGAGUAUGACUUCUUUGUUAUCAUCUCAGCUACACGCUUCAAAGAAAAUGAUGCACAACUAGCAAAAGCCAUCGAAAUGAUGAAGAUGAAUUUCUACUUUGUUCGAACCAAGAUAGAUAAUGACAUAUAUAAUGAAAAGAAAAGUAAACCUAGGGCCUUCAAUAAAGAGAAUGUCUUGAUGAAAAUCCGAGGUGACUGCUCAAAGCAUCUCAAGGAAGUCCUCUCCAGUGAGCCUCCAGUCUUCUUGGUCUCUAAUCUUGAUGUGUCUGACUAUGACUUCCCAGACCUGCAAACAAAACUCCUAAGGGAUCUGCCAGCCCACAAGCGACACGCUUUCAUACUGUCCUUAAACAGUGUUACUGAGACCACCAUUAACCUCAAGAGAGAUUCCCUGAAGCAGAAAGUCUUUCUAGAGGCCCUGAAGGCUGGAACAUUGGCCACCAUUCCAUUGGUUGGCAUGAUUAGGGAUGAUUUAGAGGAUCUGAAUGAAACAUUCAAUCUCUACAGGUCUUACUUUGGGCUGGAUGAUGCCUCAUUGGAAAACAUUGCUAAAGAUUUUAACAUGCCCGUGGAUGAACUCAAGGAGCACCUUCGGUUUCCCCAUUUGUUUGAGGAAGACAGCAAUGAGUCCUUGGAAGACAAACUAUGGAAAUAUAUCCAGCACAUUUCCUCAGUUACUGGUGGACCAGUUGCUACUUGUAUUUACUACAGAAAGACUUACUAUCUGCAGAAUCUCUUUCUUGAAACUGCAGCAAAUGAUGCCAUAGCUCUUCUUAAUAGGGAAGAUCUUUUUGAAAAGAAGGUGGGAACAUACAUAUCUAAUGCCCCCGAUUACUGGCUUCCAUCAUACAGAGACAUGGCUUGGGCCUCCAGCAUUGAUGCAUUCUUUAAGAAUUUUAAGAGGGAAAGCCAAAUCCACUCUGAGGAAACUAUCAUCUUGAUUAAAACCCACAUUCAGGAAAAUAACCUCCAGGAUGCAUUUUCUGUAAUCCACAAUGCACUGAGAGACAUCGAGAAUGCUCCCCUGAACAUUGCUGUGACAGGGGAGUCAUGGACAGGGAAGUCCACCUUCAUCAAUGCCCUGAUGGGGAUGGGGCAUGAAGAAGAUGGUGCAGCCCCUACUGGGGUGACAGAGAUAACAAUGGAGAGAGUGCCAUACCCAAACCGAAAGCUUCCUCAGGUGACAGUAUGGGACCUACCUGGCAUUUGGCCCACUUCCUUCCCACCAGAACACUACCUAGAGGCAAUGAAGUUUGCUGAGUAUGACUUCUUCGUUAUCACCUCAGCUACUCGCUUCAAAGAAAAUGAUGCACAACUAGCAAAAGCCAUUGAAAAGAUGAAGAUGAAUUUCUACUUUGUUCGAACCAAGAUAGAUAAUGACAUAUAUAAUGAAAAGAAAAGUAAACCUAAGGCCUUCAAUAAGGAGGAUGUCCUGAUGAAAAUCCGAGGUGACUGUUCAAAGCAACUCAAGGAAGCCCUCUCCAGUGAGCCUCCAGUCUUCUUGGUCUCCAACUUUGACGUGUCUGACUAUGACUUCCCAAAGCUGCAGACCACCCUAUUGGGUGAGCUCCCAGCCCACAAGCGCCACGUCUUCAUGCUGUCCUUAAACAGUGUUACUGAGGACACCAUUAACCUCAAGAGAGAUUCCCUGAAACAGAAAGUCUUCCUAGAGGCUCUGAAGGCUGGAGCAUUGGCCACCAUUCCACUGGUUGGUAAGAUUAGGGAUGACUUAGAGGAUCUGAAUGAAACAUUCAAUCUCUACAGGUCUUACUUUGGGCUUGAUGAUGCCUCAUUGGAAAAGAUUGCUCAAGAUUUUGGUAUGUCCACGGACGAACUCAAGGUACGCCUUCGCUUUCCAAAUUUGUUUGCAGAAGGCAACGAUGUAUCCUUAGGGAAAAAACUACUGAAUUAUAUUGAACUCAUUUCCUCAGUUACUGGUGGACCAUUUGCUGCUAGGUUUUACUACAGCAAAACUUACUAUCUGCAGAAUCUCUUUCUUGAAACUGCAGCAAAUGAUGCCAUAGCUCUUCUUAAUAGGGAAGAUAUUUUUGAAAAGAAGGUGGGACCAUAUAUAUCUAAGGCUCCUGAUUACUGGGAAUGAUGGGAAACAUUGCACAAGCUCCAAUCAAUGUUUGGGUCUGGCCUUGUUUUGGACACUGAAUCAUAACCUAUUCCCGAGUAACACACCUUGUUUGUGGAGCGCUAGAGUUUGUCCUUUGCCUCAUCCUGAGCCUGAAGAUCAUUAUAGCAAGGGCUCAAGUGUGCUGUAGUAGUAGGAGAAGCUUCAACAAUGUGCAAAUGUGUGAGGAAAACUUAGUUCCAUUAAAAUCAUAUGUAUAAUAUCCAUGAUAAA